AAAGAAACCAAAUCAGAACACACAAGGGUUAACAGAUUAUGAAUCAUUUACCGAGAAAGUUAAAUUUGGAUACCUCUCCCAUUUAAAACGUACAAUUCCCCCAGCGAGUCAGCAGUUUUAUCAAGACAGCGAGUUGUUUCACAUCUGGAUUCGUCUAGUUUUUUAGUUUUUCCCGUUUGCGACGCCAUUUACCCAUAGAAUUGGAAUAACCCAAGAAGAAUCCCAACUGAAAGCCGAGUUAAAAUGUACGGCAUUGAUAAUUACCCCAAAAAUUAUCAUGCCAGUGGCAUUGGCCUUGUCAAUUUGGCGGCCUUGGGCUACAGCAAGAACGAAAUCGAUGGAGGGAAUAGCGGCGGGCGGGAUGAGGGCCCCAAGCCGAAGGCGGGGCUCUAUCCAUCUCUCCCCUAUCCGUCAUCGGAGUCCGUGGGCGGCAUGCCAUAUGUGGUGAAGCAAACUACUCACGCACAGAAUGCCUCGUACUCCGGAGGACCCCCAACUGCGCCAUCGGCCCCGUACGCCAGUGCUGUGCCGUAUCCAAGUGCCGGAGGGUAUCCGAGUGCCGCGCCGUAUCCUGGAUCCGGUUUGUAUCCGACUCUGCCGUCAGCCAGUUCAUCUUUGCCAUACCCGGCUGCUCCUCUGGCCCCGUACCCUACCGGGGUACCCUAUCCCACUGGAAUGCCGCAGCCGAAUCUGCCGUACCCAGCUGCACCACUGGCACCCUAUCCGACUGCCAUGCCUGGGUUCCCCAGCAUGCCGAUGCCAUACUCACCGAUGCCCACUAGCCCUGCCCCCCAGCAGGGAGGAGGUUUUCCGCAGUUGCCCUAUCCGUCGGCACCACCACCGGCCAGUGCCCCGACUCAGGAGGAGGAACCAUCCGUGGGUGUCGCCGAGUUGAGUUUUACAAGCGUGAAGGUGCCCGAGAAUCAGAACAUGUUCUGGAUGGGACGCAAAGCUACCAGCAACCGUCAAACUAGCGUUCGUGGAGGCGAUUUCCAGACACUCCGUGAAUCCUGUGUCAGCAACGGAACCAUGUUCGAGGAUCCCGACUUCCCGGCUACCGAUUCUUCGCUAAUGUUCUCGCGGCGGCCAGAUCGCUACAUCGAAUGGCUGCGACCCGGAGACAUCGUAGACGAUCCGCAGUUCUUUGUGGAAGGUUACUCCAGGUUCGAUGUCCAGCAGGGAGAGCUGGGUGACUGUUGGUUGCUCGCCGCGGCUGCCAAUCUUACUCAGGACUCGAAGCUUUUCUUCCGAGUCAUCCCCCCAGAUCAGGACUUCCAGGAGAACUACGCGGGAAUCUUCCACUUCAAGUUCUGGCAGUAUGGCAAGUGGGUGGAGGUGGUCAUCGAUGAUCGGCUACCCACGGUCCACGGAGAGCUCAUCUAUAUGCAUUCGACGGAGAAGAACGAGUUCUGGAGUGCCUUGCUCGAAAAAGCCUACGCCAAGCUUCAUGGAUCUUACGAAGCUCUCAAGGGCGGUACCACUUGCGAGGCCAUGGAGGACUUCACCGGCGGUGUGACCGAGUGGUACGACAUUAAGGAGGCUCCUCCGAAUCUAUUCAGCAUUAUGAUGAAGGCUGCCGAGCGCGGCUCCAUGAUGGGCUGCUCCCUGGAGCCCGACCCACAUGUCUUGGAGGCUGAGACUCGGGAAGGUCUUAUUCGCGGACAUGCCUACUCCAUCACCAAGGUGUGCCUGAUGGACAUCUCGACUCCCAAUCGCCAGGGCAAGCUACCCAUGAUCCGAAUGCGUAAUCCCUGGGGCAAUGACGCCGAGUGGAGUGGUCCCUGGAGCGAUAGUUCGCCGGAGUGGCGUUUCAUCCCCGAGCAUACCAAGGAGGAGAUUGGCCUGAACUUUGACAGGGAUGGCGAGUUCUGGAUGUCCUUCCAAGAUUUCCUGAACCACUUCGAUCGUGUGGAGAUCUGCAAUCUGUCGCCGGACUCCCUGACCGAAGACCAGCAGCAUAAUUCGCGCCGCAAGUGGGAAAUGUCCAUGUUCGAGGGCGAAUGGUCCUCUGGCGUGACAGCUGGCGGUUGCCGCAACUUCCUGGAGACCUUCUGGCACAAUCCCCAGUACGUCAUUUCGCUCGAGGAUCCCGACGACGAGGACGACGACGGAAAGUGCACCGUGAUUGUGGCUUUGAUGCAGAAGAACCGCAGGAGCAAAAGGAAUGUGGGCAUCGAUUGCCUGACUAUUGGCUUUGCCAUUUACCAUUUGACGGAUAGGGACAUGCAGGUGAAGCCUCAGGGAUUGAACUUCUUCAAGUACAGGGCAUCCGUGGCCCGGUCGCCGCACUUCAUCAACACUCGAGAGGUGUGCGCCAGAUUUAAGCUGCCCCCGGGUAAUUAUUUGAUUGUGCCCUCGACCUUUGACCCGAACGAGGAGGGUGAGUUCAUCAUACGUGUCUUCUCGGAGACGAUGAACAACAUGGAGGAGAACGACGACGAGGUGGGCUUUGGCGAGACAGACGACCGUAUCGCCCCGUCCUUGCCGCCACCGACUCCGAAGGAGGAGGACGAUCCGCAGAGGAUAGCCUUGAAGCGGCUCUUCGACAGCGUGGCCGGCAGCGAUGAGGAGGUGGACUGGCAGGAGCUGAAGCGCAUCCUGGACCACUCUAUGCGCGACGUCAUGGUGGGCAAUGAGGGCUUCUCCAAGGACGCCGUGCGCUCCAUGGUGGCCAUGUUGGACAAGGAUCGAUCCGGGCGUCUAGGCUUCGAAGAGUUCGAGGCUCUGCUUACGGACAUCGCCAAGUGGCGGGCCGUGUUCAAGCUCUACGACACCCGUCGGACGGGCAGCAUCGAUGGCUUCCAUCUCCGGGGUGCUCUGAACUCGGCCGGCUAUCAUCUAAACAAUCGCCUGCUGAACGCCUUGGCUCACCGCUACGGAUCCCGGGAGGGACAGAUUCCAUUUGACGACUUCUUGAUGUGCGCCAUCAAGGUGAGAACAUUCAUCGAGAUGUUCCGGGAACGGGACACGGACAACUCGGACACAGCCUUCUUCAAUCUGGACGACUGGCUGGAGCGGACCAUCUAUUCUUAAGUCACAAGUCACCUUUCAAUUGAUACUAAUCUAAUCCUAAGUGCCACGUCUACUUAAUCCAAAUGUGCUAAGCAUGCCAGAUCGGAGGAGGAGGAGCACGGAGAGCCAUGACACUCACAGACCCGGAAAACCCAAAAUCAUAUGGCGAAAUUGGAGGGGCCUUGGCAUGGCGCGAUAAACGAACGAUAUAAACUGCA